AACACUAUAGAUUCUAUACUAUUGCAGCCCCCCACACCUAUUAAACAUGCCUAUUUCACGUCGCAAAAACUUCAAGUACAAGGAGAACAAGGUUGUGAAGCCUCCCAAGACUGGGCGCACUGAAUUAACUGUGGUUGAGCGCGCGUUUGCAGUGGGGGCUAUCACAGGAUUGCGGGGUGGCUAUGCCUCUGUUGGAGACCUGGCCAACGCCAUGGGCCGCACCACGACUGCAUUGUCAAACCUGAUAAAUAGGGUAGAAAAGAAGCGUGCGAACAUAGACGGCUUCUUGUGGGACUCAAUUUUGUACAACAACGAACUGGGUCGUGGUCGGCCAACGCUCCUAUCCCAGGAUCAGAAGGAUCACAUCAUUAGGAUUGUCACCUCCUCCCAGGAGAACCGCGAGAAGGAGCCUUGGCAGGCAGUCAGAAGAGGUGAUUUCAAUGAGGUUAUACCCAAAAUGAGCAUUGAAACCUUCCAGAAUGUGAUGUAUGAGGCUGGGUAUGCUCGGAGGAAGCCUGGGUGGAAACCAAGCCUCACAACUGAACAAGAGGAGGAGCGAUUAGAGUGGGCACUUGCCCAUAACCCUGAUCUUCACAAGGAGUAUGAUAACCUUGGCUACGACUUUACUAAGGUGGUGUUUACCGAUGAAACACCAGCUCGAAUUGGUGAAGAACGAGGCAUGAUAAGGACAUGGUGCACUGCUGAAGAGAAGUGGGACAACAAUGUCAAACACGAUCGCAACACCAAGAACUGUUGCCUACAGUUCUAUGCCUCAUUUCGGUACAAUCACAAAGGUCCUUGUCAUGUAUAUUACCCAGAAACAAAGGCAGAGAAGGAAUUGGCAGCAGCCCACAUCAAGAGGUUGAAUCAGGACCAGAAAACACGUGACAACAAGCUUCAAAUCCAGGCACGCAGAGCCCUUAACCACCUUGAAGAGGCUGAUAUCAAUCGUCGAUACAACACCAGGAAGAAGCACGUGCACAUGGAGGAGUCGAUGGAUACCGACAUCGUGAAGGUGCCCUCAAGAAGGUUGUCCCAUGGAUCAAUUCACUCAAAAAGAAGGGGAUACCUUGUAUACUACAACAGGAUGGGGCUCCUGCUCACAAGACACGUAUUUCUAACGAUUACCUUAUUAUUGAGGAUAUUGAAAGACUGUGGUGGCCAGGCCACUCACCCGAGGUCAACGCAAUUGAGCAUGCCUGGCCAUGGAUUCGACGGCAUGUGA